GUGCAUUUGAAAGCAACCAUCCUCGUUUUUGUGCGCAAACCACCUGCGUCUCUCCCUUUCCAUGCCUUUCCGUCCUCUGCCUCAGCCACCUGAUUAUAACUCUGGACCGUCUGAUUUCCUAGAGCUGCAAGAUGUCUCAACGUACGCACCAGAGCGGCAUACUUACGUACAGCGCUUCAGUUCAUGGAGUAACAGUGAGGAGACGCAGUGCUUGGACGAUAGUAAGAGCAUGGUGACAGACAGUGAAGAUGAAAGCACACCUGUCGCCCUUCCGUUCCUCCCUUCUUCCAGCACAACACUACAAACCCCGAGUACGACACUUGGUUUCUCAGCUCGACACAUCCAUCAGUUAUCCCAUGUGCUCCAUGGCCUCCUUGUCAUCCUACAUCUCAUUCUCCUGGGCGUGUAUUCCCAUCAUCUCGAGCAUCGUACGGUGUUAGCAUACACCCAGCAAAGCCAGGUUUGGACAACGGUGCUGAGUGCAUCUCUGCAAGCAUUUUACGUCAUAUAUGCGUCGCUCCUUGUCGUAUUCACCCAAAAACUCGGUCUACUCCAUAACCUUCAGCGACGACAAAGCCUUACCACCAUGGCAGACGUGUCGGACGCCUGGGCAGGUCUAGGUUCGGCAUUUCUUGGGCUCUGGCACCAGACAAAACUGCCAGUAUCUGUCGGAAGCACCAUAGCUGUGACGUUAUACCUUCUAUGCGUGUUGGUGCUGCACAUUGCAUCAUCAACUAUCAUGCAGCUCGAAACGUUCAAUGGAACUGUGAAUGCGUCCGUGCCUACUAGGCUGCACCUCCCAUCAAACUUCUUCGCUGUUGCCCAGGGCACCGGGUACACGCCGUGGCCGGUCGUUGACCAGUACCUAUUUGCGAAUGACACUAUUGGCGCAUACGCGUCUCAGCCAGGGUUGUCCGGGUCGACGUUGUACGAUGUCUUGCCGUCAAGAACGAACGCAUACACAGGGAGGACGCUCGUCAAUUCGACUACAAUAAACGCGACGUGUGGACUGAUGGAAACCGUAUCAGAUUACGUUUUCCCUGGAUUCACCCCUUUUUUUGACCAAAUCCAGGUACGCGGGCAAACAUAUGAUGUGUCCCCAGGGAAGGUCAUGUACUGGCUCACUACGACCCUAGAAGACGCCGACUCAAUCCAAAAAUUCAACAGCCCUAUCAACUACACGACUAAGUGCUCCGGCGCCGACGGCUCAAUUCAGCAAAACUAUACAACAGCAGUUGUACCUCUGUACCUUGCCGGUUGCUACGUUACCAUGCAGAACAACACUGCUGCCUUGGACGCGUCUACGAACGAACUCCUUGAAGUGCCUUCAAUGCAGCUUAGCUCGCCGAAGGCGUGGGAUGCCUUUCCAUUCAGCGUUGAUGGCGCGACCAGCUUGCCAACCCUCUUAAGACUGGAUGACGCACCAGAGUCGCAGUGGUCCUUCACGAGCGCAAAUAACACUGAUCAGCUGACUUUACUGGACGUACACCUAACUCUAGGGUUGGGCACUGACCUUGUAAACCAAACAUGGGCGCAGUUUUUAGCAAGCCCCCCUCCAUGCAGUGAGAUGAAACUCAACGCGAGCAUAUCGCUUGGCGCUGAGGAGUUUGAGACGAUGAUCGCCAAUAUGGUCGCGAGUAUGAUGUGGAUAGCUACCACCCAGAUGUCUGACACGUUCGGAUUCGAGAUUGAUUCUGGUAAGGCCUGGGUUGAGCAGAGCGUGCUUCAGAUGAGAUUAAACAUCAACGCUGUGCCCCUCGUGUUUGCGUUCAUCGCAUCCGUCCUUAUGCUUGCCCUUGAAAUCCACAUCGCGGGCUUCAAGCUCGCCGAGGAUUCGCACAUCAAUCGGAUAGGCAUCCUCGAAGGUAUCUGGCUAGCAGCGCGCCAUCCGACGAUGCGUAGCUGGGCCCGAAACGUCCAGAUGCCUACGGUUGACGGGCUGAGGGCGGCGGGGCUUCAUGAAGUAUGUUUGGCGGAGGAGCUCAAGAUUCUUGAGGCGGACGGUGACAUCGGAUUGGGUGGGCUUGGCAGGGAUGGAGGGCCGGAAUAAGGGUUAGUGUAGAAGGCCAUAUAUGUACGGGUACCUUGUUUCAAUCCAACACGCAGCUACUAGCUUCGAGCGUUAAAGUCAUCUCGUUGACUUCUUUCC